AUGGCAGCUACAGAAUCCAAGCAGAUCGUGGAUGUCGAGGAGGGCAAGGAGGUCCAUCAUGCGGGUUUUGGAGAGAGAGUACGCCACAGCAUCUCAAUCCAGCCCACAGACGUGGACACCAAGGAAGGCCAGAUCUUCUCCAUGAACGAUAUUGAUCCUGCGCUCGAUGCGAAGAUGAGACUCGUCAACAACGCCAUUGACGAGAUCGGUUGGACGAAUAUGCAUUUGAAGCUUUUCUUCCUCAAUGGAUUUGGGUAUGCGGCCGACUCUCUGAUCCUUCUCCUGCAAUCCGUCACAGCCGGUCAAGCUGCUUUGGAAUUCCAGCCGUCUUUUACGAGGGGCUUGACGGUCGCUGCUUACACUGGUAUGCUGGUUGGAGCUUUGUUUUGGGGCCUUGGUGCCGAUGUAAUCGGUCGACGCUUUGCAUUCAAUGUCUCCUUGUUCACUUGCUCACUCUUCGCCAUUUGCGCCGGUGCCUCCCCAAACUGGUACGUCUUGGGAACUUUCACCGCUCUUGCAGCUUUUGGGUCGGGCGGGAAUCUCAUCCUCGACACCACUGUUUUCCUCGAGUUUCUUCCGGGAGACAAACAAUGGCUUCUCACUCUGAUGGCAUGCUGGUGGGGUUUGGCUCCUGUCGUCGCGGCGGCAUUCGCCUGGCCGUUCCUGUCUUUGCCGCAUGUUUUGCGGGUAACAGUCAUCCGCUUGAAGGAAACACCCAAGUAUCUGCUCGCAAAGGGCCAGGACGAAGAAGUCGUCAAGACGUUCAGGGAUAUUUCCCAGCAGUAUAAUAGACCAUGCUCCUUGACCUUGGAGCAAUUGGAAGCAUGCGGACCCAUCAAAUCAACCUAUGGAAGCGCUCGGUACGGACUCUCCGAGUUUCUUGCCCAUCUCCGGGGCCUCUUCGCAACCAAGAAGUUGGGUAUCUCAACCUCUCUGAUCUGGCUCUCGUGGACGUUGAUUGGACUCGCCUAUCCACUAUUUUACGUAUUUUUGCCCGAAUUCCUUGCAAGCCGUGGAGCUCAAACGGGUGAAGAUAGCCCUUACUAUACCUGGAGGAACUACAUGAUCACCAACACAGUGGGAAUCUUUGGACCCGUCGCGGCAGGAUUUAUGUGUAACUGGAAAUAUCUCGGCAGGAGAUACACAAUGGUAAUCGGCGCGUUGAUCAGUAUGGCUUUCUUCUUUGCCUAUACUGCUGUUCGUACUUCUGCGCAAAAUAUCGGGUUCACUUGUGCCAUCUACUUUACGGUCAACAUAUACUAUGGCACUCUCUAUGCGUACACACCUGAGAGUCUUCCAUCGGCACAUCGAGCAACCGGAAAUGGAAUUGCAGUCGGCUGCAAUCGUGUGAUGGGUCUCAUCAGCGCGUUUGUGGCGACCUAUGCCAACACCAAGACAAGCGCUCCGAUCUACAUAUGUGCAGUCUUGUAUAUUGCAAUGGUUAGUAGUGCCUUUCCUUAG